ACGGAGCAGGUAUGAUAUUUUAAAGAAUGCACUGAUUCACGUGUUCAUCUUUCUUGGGACUUCUUAUUAAACUCAGUUUAAGAUCCCUUGUCGUUGAUCUUGAUCAAGAUUGUUUAUCUUCAUUAAAUCUCAAUCUGCUACAUUUGAUUUGACUUCUGAGGUGAUAUUUGAUCUGUGUCUUUGCUUUUGAUUCAUUUGGUUGAGCCUUUACUUCAGAUUUCUUAGUGGAUCAGCAUAACAGAUUCAUUAGAGUCAUUUGACUCUCCACAGCUUCACUAGAAUGAGAUUAGUUUUAUUCACUAGGUUACUCUUGUAUAUUAUGGAAAUAGGGGACAACUUCAUCGAUGAAUGAUGUUGUUAUUGACGCUAUCAUGGGGGUUCUGAUGUUGUUAUUGAUGCUAUCAUGGUGGUUCUUACACUCAAUAUGAUGCCCUUUCCGAUGUCUCUACUGGGUGUUAUAGUAGCUGGCAUUUUAAGCUAUGAAACAAGUCAUUUUGGAAUUUAGCUUGUAAGGAUAUAGUUAGUUUGGAUGUUUGUUUAAAUUUAUGCACCCUAAUUCUGCCUGAAAAAAAAAAACGAAAACAAAUACUUCUCUUUGGUUUAUCUUGAGUGUUGUAAGCCAAAGCCAAUUUCAUGGCUUAUGGAAUGGAGAUCAUAACAAGGCCAUUAUGAUUUCCCUUUUAGAUUAGUUGGUGGGUUAAUUCUGCUAUUUAUGGAGGUCUGUUUGUUGAACAAGUGUAGUUUUGUUUUUGUAUACAUGUUAAGUCUAUAAUUCAGGAAAGUUUUCGAAAUUAUGAUUACGAAGAGGUAAUUUUAUUGGGUGAAAAGUGUUAGCCAACCAAUAAUGAUUUUGAAUUCAGAUGUUGGACUUUUGAAUUACCGGUAUGAUGAUUUUAACAAUAAUGAAUAUUUUUAUCUGGUAUGAUUAAAAAGAAUUCCGCUUUUAAUUUCUAUCGCAAAAUGAAGAUUUCACACAUUGAACUACCAAAAUAUAUACGCAAAGUUGGGAUAACAAAGUCAUUAAAGCCAUCACAUAAAUCUUUACACCGAGUCACUUUAAAAUUGGGACGUGGAUUUUAUACAUUCCUGAUUUUAUACAUUAUGUCAAGGGGAGAAGUAAAGAGCCUUAAGGAAGUUAAGGAAGAGAAGGGCUAAAGAGAGGGGAAGAGAUGAUGAAGAAGAGGGGGUGGAGUUAUAAGGGAAUGAGGGUGGUGUUUUUAAAAACUCCCAUGAUCAUGAAUUGUGACUCACAUACUUAGUUAUAUUGGCGAAAUGGAAGCAUUUCAUUAUGAAGACACGAGGGGAAAGCAAAACUUCACAAGAAUUCAACACAUAUUGCUCAUUAGUUAAGUUUUUCGCUAUUAUGAUUGUCGAGAAGUCAACUCGUAGACUCGAAUGAGUUUGUGAUUGUACAUAAAGGAAUGAAGUUAAUUCAGCCACAAACUCAUUUUCAAUGUGACUCAGAUGAAAUCACUCAAACUUGGGUAGAAUUGGUAGUAUCACCGACUUUGCAUUGAUUUCCUGAAUCCGAUACAAAAUUCAAUUUUACCCUAACCCUAGCCUAGAACGGCACCGUUUAGGUUAGUAGGGUUUUUUCUUUUCAUCCCCUUUGUCUUCGAUGAGUUACGAAACUCAGGAGAGACCCUGCAGCCUGAGAACACUGCGAGGUUCGGCCGCUGCUGCAAGGCUUCUUCUUUUCCAUCACUCUCGAUUUUUGUUGCUGGAAGCUGGAACGAGGUUUCGCGAGAGCUUCUCCUCCAUGCACCCUUGCUGUCACAGUGACUAUUAAACUUUAUUAAGUCGAAAUUUCCUCCAGAAAGGUGUUUUGGUAAUGGAUCUAAUCUCUCAGUUAAAAGAGCAAGUUAAUUUGACGAGCACUGACUUGCUGAAGGCUUUUAAGAAGCUUGAACAGCAACACCAGCAACUAAUUGCACUGGUUGCAGCGCUUCUAAUAUCUGAAGGAGAUGAAGAAGCGCAGCUUAAGAGGAUUGCGGAACUCCAAGCUGAAAAUGAUGCAAUAGGCCAAGAACUGCAGAAGCUAUUGGAAUUUGCAGAAAAAGAAUUAAAUCAAAUUCAGGAGUUGUUUAUUCAAGCAUCAGAUAUUUAUUUGAACUUGAAGAAACCAGAUGUCAAUUAGUUGCUGGUGUUGCUGUUGAAGCUGGAGACAAAUCAGAGCCACAUACCAUCAGCU